GGGAUGUGUGGGGAAGGUCACAGCUGUUUGACUGUUUGUUGCACCUGGUGCUGGUCAAAAGAUCAGCUGUCCCCGCAUGAACUGAAGGGCUUGUUAUUCUCUCCUACAGCUUCGUGCAGCUGCAGCUUUUCAAGCUCUUGGAUUCAGAUUCUCCGAACAUUCAUACCGACCCAAAGCACUGAAUACCAGCGCAAACGUCAUGUCUUCCAACGAGAACGUCGACACCACCUCCAUCUCCCCCACCAGAGGCCCUCUUGAGCGCCGCAAUUCGCUUGAAAAGCAUCUCACUAACCGGCCGGAGGCUCAAGAGCUGAAGAACAGACACAUUCUGCUCGACACCAAUGCUGCACCGGCGCUUCAAGCAGCACAACAUGAGUUGGAGCGACAGAAAGUCACAGACAGCUUGAGAAAGAGCCUCGAGCAUCGUCCAGAUCGAGAAGAGCUGAUUCAACGCAACGUCCUUCCAGAUUCGAACGCCGCCCCGGCCCUCCAAGCACAUCAAAAAGAACUGGAGCGUCACAUGCGAGCAGACAGCUUGGAGAAGCAGCUGCACAACAGGCCAAAGCCGGAGGAUCUGAUCAGAGAGGGUAUUUUGCAGCCAGACGAGAAUCCUUUGAAAGAUUAGGAUCUCGUAGAGCUCUCUUAACGCCUUAACUAUGGGAAUGGUCGGACAUAUGUGAAGGACGACGUCACGAUUACUGAGAAAACACCUCUAGAUACCAAAGCACGUGGCAAACAGUGCUCUACGAAGUUAAACAUACUAUUUUUUUUUUUUUCA